UGCUUCCACCACCAAAAGCUCUGAGCACAAAAUAAGAGAGAGGAGUGAAAUGGUAAAGAAUUAAAUCCAAAAAACAAAGAAAAAUGAGUUUUAAAUAAAAUUUUCGAAAAAAAAGAAAAUAAAAUCGCUAGGGUUUGACGCCAAAAAUUGGAAGAGGAGUGAGGUGAGUCGCCGAUUCCACCCGUCAACUUCGAUUCUCUAGGAUCCGUCGGUCUGUAGCCCCCACUGAGAAAUUUUCGCGUUAAUUUUUUGGGUUUUUGUAGGGAGAGAGUUUUCGAGAGAGAGCGCUUUGAGCUCGGGGGGUGUUUUUGAACGUUGGGAUCCGAGGGUCCUGAUAGGGUUUCAGUUGGAAUUUUAUUUUGGUGGGAUUUGAUUUUUUUUUUGAGCCUUUUUGGGUUUUUCAUUUUUUUCCAAUUUCUUAUUUUUGGUGAUUUGGGUUUUUGUUGGAUGCGUGUGAAUUUGGGUUGAGGUGCAUGCAGUCUGGUGGCGGAGGGGGAGGCGGGCCCGGCCGGGGAGUGGGCCCUGCUGGCCGUGCCGGAUCGACGUCAUCGGCUGCUUCGCCAUCUUCAUCGUCCUCGGCCGUGUCCACGCCGCAACUGGGUUUUGAUUCGGUGCAGCAUCAACAACAUCAGCAGCAGCAACAACAGCAGCAGCAGCAAUUGGGGUCUAGACAGCCAUUACACCAACAACAAUUUUUAAGAAAACCUGAAGGGAAUGAAGCUCUUUUAGCAUAUCAAGCUGCUGGUCUGCAAGGAGUUUUGGGAGGGGGCGGCUCCAGUCAAAUGCCUCAACAAUCUAGGAAGUUCAUUGAUUUGGCUCAACAACAUGGCUCCCAGGAUGGACAGAGUCGUAGUCAAGGUGUUGACCAGCAAGCGGUAAAUCCAGUUCAUCAAGCAUAUCUUCAGUAUGCUUUUCAGGCUGCCCAGCAGAAGUCAGGUUUGACAAUGCAACCUCAGCAGCAAGCUAAAAUGGGAUUGUUGGGGCCGCCAUCUGGAAAGGAUCAGGACAUGCGAUUGGGAAAUAUGAAAAUGCAGGAAGUCAUGUCUAAUCAGGCACCUAGUCAGGCACUAGCAUCGUCUUCUAAGAAUUUGACGGAACACUUUAUUCGUGGAGAAAAGCAGGUUGGCCAAGGACAGCCAUCAGUCUCUGACCAAAGGAGUGACUCGAAGCCUUCAGCCCAACCAUCAGGCAUGGGUCAAUUCAUGCCCGGAAACAUGUUAAGGCCAAUGUUGGCACCACAGUCUCAGCCAAGUGGCCAAACCAUGCCAAAUAACCAGAUUGCGUUGGUUAAUCAGUUGCAAGCAUUUGCACUUGAGCACAACAUUGAUCUUUCACAGCCUGGAAAUGCAAACUUAAUGUCACAGCUCAUUCCACUGUUGCAGUCGAGGAUUUCUGCUCAACAAAAAGCUAAUGAAAGCAACAUUGGGGCACAAUCCUCACCUGUUCCAGUGUCAAAGCAACAGGUUACUUCUCCUCCAGUAGCAAUUGAGAGUUCUCCUCGUGCUAAUACAUCAAGUGAUGUAUCUGGACAGUCUAGCUCUGCAAAAGCAAAGCAGACAGUUGCGGCUAACCCGUUUGGUUCAGGUUCAAAUAGUAGCAUAUUUAACAAUAGUAACGGCCCUAUGCAGCAGUUUUCUGUUCAUGGCAGAGAAAACCAGAUGCCACCUAGGCAGUCAAAUCCUAUUGGAAAUGGAAUGACUUCUACCUAUCCCACAGUGUCAUCCGCAAACACAAGCCAGGGGGUGGAUCACUCUUUUCAUGUAAAAAAUUCACAAAACAAUCCAGAAACUUUGCAGAUGCAAUACCAUCGACAGUUGAGUGGAUCUUCUCCACAAGCUGUAGUUCCUAAUGAUGGGGUUUCUGGCAACAAGAGCCAGUCACAAGGUGGACUGGCUACUCAGAUGGGACAGCAACGCCAUGGGUUCACUAAACAGCAGCUGCAUGUUCUUAAAGCACAAAUACUAGCAUUUAGGCGACUCAAGAAAGGUGAAGGCACACUCCCUCAAGAACUUCUACGGGCUAUUGCUCCACCACCUCUUGAGAUGCAGCCACAGCAGCAAUUGCUUCCUGGAGGAGGAAAUAUUCAUGAUAAAUCUUCUGGGAAAACUUUAGAAGAUCAUGUGCGUCAUAUGGAGUCCAAUGAGAAAGAUUCACAGGCUGUGGCAUCAAUGAAUGCACAGAACGGUGCAAAAGAGGAAGCUUUUGCCGGAGAAGAGAAAGCAAUUGUAUCAACAGUCCAUGUGCAAGGAGCGCUCGCUGUGGUGAAGGAACCUACUCCUUUGGUGUCUUCUGGAAAAGAAGAGCAGCAUUCGACUUUAUCUUCUGUAAAGUCAGACCAUGAAGUUGAACGUGGUAUUCAAAAAGCUUCUGCUAGAAGUGAGAUUAAAGUUGAUAGGGGGAAGUCUGUUGCAUCACAGGUCACACAGGUCGCUGUAUCUGAUGUCAUGCAAGUUAAAAAGCCUGCACAAGCAAGCACUGUACCACUGCCAAAAGAUGUUAGCUCUGCUAGAAAGUAUCAUGGACCUCUUUUUGAUUUCCCCUUUUUCACUAGGAAACAUGACUCUUUAGGUUCAGGGGUGAUGGUAAACAAUAACAACAACAACAACAAUAAUCUAACAUUGGCAUAUGACGUCAAAGAUCUUGUUUUUGAGGAAGGUGUGGAAGUUCUUAACAAGAAGAGGACAGAAAAUAUCAAGAAGAUUGGUGGUCUUUUGGCAGUAAAUUUGGAAAGGAAACGGAUUAGGCCCGAUCUUGUCUUGCGGUUGCAAAUUGAAGAAAAAAAGCUUCGACUUUCAGAUUUACAGGCACGCUUAAGAGAUGAAAUUGAUCAACAUCAGCAGGAAAUAAUGGCAAUGCCUGACAGGCCUUAUCGGAAGUUUGUUCGGCUUUGCGAACGUCAGCGGAUGGAGCUGUCUAGGCAAGUGCAGGCCUCUCAGAAAGCAAUGAGAGAGAAGCAACUGAAAUCUAUUUUCCAAUGGCGUAAGAAGCUUCUAGAAGCUCACUGGGCCAUUCGCGAUGCACGGACUGCACGUAACAGGGGAGUUGCCAAAUAUCAUGAGAGAAUGUUGAGGGAAUUUUCGAAGAGAAAGGAUGAUCAUAGGAAUAAAAGGAUGGAAGCACUGAAGAAUAAUGAUGUUGAAAGGUACAGGGAAAUGUUGCUGGAACAGCAGACUAGUAUCCCAGGGGAUGCAGCAGAGAGAUAUGCUGUUUUAUCAUCUUUCCUGAGUCAGACUGAGGAAUAUCUUCAUAAACUUGGAAGUAAAAUAACAUCAGCUAAGAAUCAGCAAGAAGUGGAAGAGGCAGCAAAUGCUGCUGCAGCUGCUGCACGUUUACAGGGUCUCUCAGAGGAAGAAGUUAGGACGGCAGCGGCUUGUGCUGGAGAGGAAGUAAUGAUUAGAAAUCGAUUUAUUGAGAUGAAUGCACCUAGAGACAGUUCAUCUGUUAACAAGUAUUAUAGUCUUGCACAUGCUGUGAAUGAAAGGGUCAUAAGGCAACCCUCGAUGUUACGGACUGGAAACUUAAGAGACUAUCAACUUGUUGGGUUGCAAUGGAUGCUUUCUCUGUAUAACAACAAAUUAAAUGGAAUAUUAGCAGAUGAAAUGGGUCUUGGGAAAACAGUACAGGUAAUGGCAUUGAUUGCAUAUUUAAUGGAGUUCAAAGGGAACUAUGGGCCGCAUCUCAUAAUUGUUCCAAAUGCUGUCUUGGUAAAUUGGAAGAGUGAGUUGCAUACUUGGCUUCCAUCCGUGUCAUGCAUUUAUUAUGUUGGUGGGAAGGAUCAACGGGCAAAAUUGUUUUCUCAAGAGGUUUGUGCCUUGAAGUUUAAUGUCCUCGUGACAACUUAUGAGUUCAUUAUGUAUGAUCGGUCUAAACUCUCAAAAAUUGAUUGGAAGUAUAUAAUAAUUGAUGAAGCACAAAGGAUGAAAGACAGGGAAUCGGUUCUAGCACGUGAUCUUGAUAGGUAUCGUUGCCAAAGGCGCUUGCUUUUGACAGGAACACCAUUGCAGAAUGAUUUAAAGGAACUCUGGUCACUUUUAAAUCUGCUUCUUCCAGAAGUAUUUGAUAAUCGGAAAGCAUUUCAUGACUGGUUUUCAAAACCCUUUCAAAAGGAAGCCCCUACACCAAAUGCAGAAGAUGACUGGCUUGAAACUGAAAAGAAAGUUAUCAUCAUUCACCGACUUCAUCAAAUUUUAGAGCCUUUUAUGCUUAGGCGGCGUGUUGAAGAUGUGGAAGGUGCACUCCCAUCUAAGAUCUCCAUCGUUUUGAGGUGUAGAAUGUCAGCCAUUCAAAGUGCUGUAUAUGACUGGAUCAAAUCAACAGGCACUAUUCGAGUGGAUCCUGAAGAAGAGAAGCUAAGGAUUCAAAAAAAUCCACAAUACCAGCCCAAAGUGUACAAAACAUUAAAUAAUAGAUGUAUGGAACUGCGAAAAACUUGCAAUCAUCCGCUGCUCAAUUACCCGUUCUUCAAUGAUUUUUCCAAGGAUUUUCUUGUAAGAUCCUGUGGGAAAUUAUGGAUCCUGGACAGGAUCCUUGUUAAACUUCAAAAAACAGGGCAUCGAGUACUUCUUUUCAGUACCAUGACAAAACUCCUUGAUAUUUUGGAAGAAUACUUGCAGUGGCGUCAUCUUGUCUUCAGAAGGAUUGAUGGAACAACCAGUUUAGAAGACCGUGAGUCAGCUAUAGUGGAUUUCAACAGACCUGGUUCAGACUGCUUUAUCUUCUUACUUAGUAUUCGUGCUGCGGGUCGGGGUCUUAAUCUCCAGUCUGCUGAUACAGUUGUCAUAUAUGAUCCUGAUCCAAACCCUAAAAAUGAAGAGCAGGCAGUUGCUAGAGCCCAUCGCAUUGGACAGAAGAGAGAGGUCAAGGUCAUCUAUUUGGAAGCAGUUGUUGACAAAAUGGCUAGCCAUCAGAAAGAGGAUGAACUACGAAGUGGAGGUACAGUUGAUUCAGAGGAUGACCUUGCUGGUAAGGACCGGUAUAUCGGAUCAAUUGAGAGCCUCAUAAGAAACAAUAUUCAACAGUACAAGAUUGACAUGGCUGAUGAGGUUAUCAAUGCUGGGCGUUUUGACCAGAGAACAACUCAUGAAGAGAGACGUAUGACUCUGGAAACCUUACUGCAUGAUGAAGAAAGGUACCAAGAAACUCUUCAUGAUGUUCCCUCAUUACAGGAGGUAAAUCGCAGGAUUGCUAGAAGUGAAGAAGAAGUUGAAUUGUUUGAUCAGAUGGACGAAGAACUUGACUGGAUUGAAGAAAUGACAAGGUACAACCAGCUCCCCAAAUGGCUUCGAACCAGUACAAACGAAGUAAACGCUGUGAUUGCCAGUUUAUCAAAAAGACCAUCUAAGACCACUUUGUUGGGUGGCAAUGCUGGUUUGGAGUCCACUGAAAUGGGCUCUGGUUCAUCUCCGAAAACUGAAAGAAAGAGGGGGCGGCCCAAGAAAAAUCAUCCUAGCUACAAGGAGUUAGAUGAUGACAAUGGCGAAUACUUUGAAGCAAGUUCUGAUGAGAAUGAAGAAGAGGGAGAAGUUGAAGAGUUAGAGGAUGAUGAAUAUAGUGGUGCUGUUGAGGCAACACCAAUUAUUAAGGAACAAGUGGAAGAGGAUGUCCUUGAAUGUGAUGGUGGAUACGAAUAUCCCAAGGAUUCAGAAAGAGUUAGAAACAACCACAUACUAGAAGAAGCUGGGUCCUCAGGAUCAUCCUCAGACAGUCGGAGAUUGAUGCAGACAGUGUCUCCCGUUUCUUCUCAGAAAUUUGGGUCCCUGUCUGCCUUAGAUGGUAGGCCGGGAUCUGCUUCAAAGAGGAUGCAAGAUGAUGUAGAGGAAGGUGAGAUUGUCGUAUCGGGUGAUUCUCAUGUGGACCAUUUGGACCACCAACAAUCUGGAAGUUCGAAUCAUGACCGUGAUGAAGGUGAAGAUGAACAGGUUUUGCAACCCAAGAUCAAGAGGAAGCGUAGCCUUCGGGUUCGCCCUCGUCAUACCAUAGAGAGGCCAGAGGAGAAGUCUGGUAGUGAGACGCCAUCUCUUCAACGGGGAGAUUCAUCUCUGUUGCCAUUUCAUGUGGACCAUAAAUCUCAAGCACAGUCAAGGGCUGAUUCUGAAAUCAAAACAUAUGGAGAGCCCCAUGCUGUAAAGCACGACCAAAGUGAUUCAUCUUCAAAAACUAGGCGAAUUUUGCCUAGGAGAGGCUCUAAUAUGUCCAAAGUGCAUGUUUCACCUAAAUCUGGCAGAUCAAAUGGCAUGUCUGAUCCUGCGGAAGAUGCUGCUGAACCCCACAGAGAAAAUUGGGAUGGAAAAGUUGGGAAUACUAGUGGAACUUCUGUUUAUGGCACAAAAAUGUCUGAGAUCGUCCAGAGAAAGUGCAAGAAUGUAAUUAGCAAGUUCCAAAGGAGAAUAGACAAGGAAGGUCCUCAGAUAGUACCUUUACUAACAGAUUUGUGGAAGCGCAUUGAAAAUUCUAGUUACGCAAGUGGAUCUGGAAAUAAUCUCUUGGAUUUACGAAAGAUUGAUCAGCGGAUAGAGAGGUUGGAGUAUGCUGGAGUAAUGGAGCUUGUGUCCGAUGUGCAGUCUAUGUUGAAAAAUGGAAUGCAGUUUUAUGGGUUUAACUAUGAGGUAAGAACUGAAGCCAGGAAAGUACAUGAUCUUUUCUUUGAUAUCUUGAAAAUAGCUUUUGCGGAGACUGAUUUUCGAGAAGCCAGAAGUGCACUCUCAUUUACUAGCCCAGUUUUAACCAGCAAUGCUCCGUCCCCUAGGGCGGCAACUGUUGGCCUAAGCAAGAGACACAAACUGAUAAAUGAGGUGGAGCCUGACUCAACCCCCCAACAGAAGCCACAACAACGUGCACCAAUUUUCAACGGCGAAGACACAAGGGUGCGAAGCCAUAUGCUCCAGAAGGAAUCAAGACUUGGGAGUGGAAGUGGUAACAGUCGGGACCACUAUCACCAGGAUGAUUCUCCACCGCUUGCUCAUCCAGGGGAUCUGGUUAUCUGCAAGAAAAAGAGAAAAGACAGGGAGAAGUCCGUGGUGAAGACCAGGACUGGAUCUGCUGGCCCUGUUUCACCCCCAAGCGUGGGUCGCAGUAUUAGAAGUCCAGGUCCAAAUUCAGUUCCAAAACAGAACCCCCAUUCGCAAGGGUGGGCUAACCAGCCUGGUCAGCCGACGAACAAGGGUGGAGGGUCGGUCGGUUGGGCCAAUCCCGUGAAGAGGUUAAGGACAGAUUCUGGAAAGAGACGCCCGAGCCAUUUAUGACUCCGCAUAAGGAUUGACAGAUGAUGUGCUGGAAGACGACGUCGCUCCUUUUCUUCUUCUCCAUCUUGUUCAUAGAUUUAGUGGCAUAAGCGCAGUUAGCCAGACUGUUCAUACAGUGUAGGUCUUGGUUUACCAUCACCUUUUUUUCGUAAAAUUCUCAGUAGUUGUUUCUUAAAACUUGCGUGGCUCGCAGGUCUUACCCUCCCUCUGAUAGAGGAGAGGAGAGCAGACCUUUGUAAAGUAAGACAUUCCCUUGGUACCAAAUCUUGAAGAUUUCAUGUUUAUCA